UCUGAGAGUUGCAGCAGAGACUGAACAGACCUGAGCAUUACACAGACUGUAGGCUAUUCAGGGAAAAUGAAACAAAUGAAUGAAAAUGUUUAUGCAAACUCAGGAACAGACAAUAGAUCAGUUGCCUCAAAAGACUCAUAUGAAGACAUUUAUGUGAAUGAAGCCGUUCCUGAGACUCAGGUGACCAGGUGCCAUAAGGAAACUACGACCUCAGGCUGUUACAGACUGAAAGCGGUGUGUGUGGUGCUGCUGUUUGUUCUUUUGCUGACUGCCAUCACAGUGCUGUCAUUCAAAUUCAUUACAGAACGACACCUAAACAAACAAUUACAGCAAAAGACAGAUGAACUCCAGAAAACGUUGGAUGCUUUAGAUAUGCAGGACAAGCUGAGAUGGAAAAACCUAAGCUCCAGUCUUUAUUACUUCUCUGAGAUGAAGAACUGGGAUGAGAGCAGACAGGACUGUAGGGAGAGAGGAGCAGACCUGGUGAUCAUAAACAGCAAAGAGAAACAGGAGUUCAUUGUUGAACAGCUGAAAGGAAGUCGGACUUGGAUUGGUCUGAGUGACAGAGACAAAGAGGGAGAGUGGAAAUGGGUGGACGGUACACCACUGACCUCUGGGAACUGGGGUCCAGGUCAACCAGAUAAUUUCAAUGAAGAGGACUGUGCUGAGAUUGGCUUUCCAGAUAAACAGGACUUGAAUGACAGACCAUGCUCUCAUAAACAAGGCUGGAUCUGUGAGAAGCGUGUUGAAUCUAAUAGCAGUGAAGUAAAAUACUAAAAACAUUUACAAAUAAGUCAAGCUAAAUAUAUUCAUCUUUUGUAAUGAAUUCUAACCAUGUCUUCAAGAAAGAACUUUUACUGCGCACAGUAACAUUAUUACAGUACUGCUUCUGCUAGUAAACUGGGAUAAUAUUAAUGUCACCCUUUCUCCCUAACUUCCAAAAAGUCACAUGACCACAGCAACCUAAUGUGAAACAUCUUACUGCUUGAGAUGUUUGACAGGUUACAGUGC